AUGGAGGCCGCCGUCGGCGGAGCGUUGUUUCGCGGCCACCCGGUGCGCCUCAACAGAGCGAACUUUCCACGCGGGAAUGCGCUGCUCGCAGGGCAUUGCGGGAAGGUUCUAAGGGUAACCGCGUCGGCGGAGCAGCCGUCAUGGCGCGCGAAGGCGGCGGCGGCGGGAGCGGGGACCGUGACGCAAGCCGUUGUGACAGAACACCCCGCUUCCGCGUUCUCCGCGUCCGCCUCUCUCUCCGCGGACCCGCCACGCACAGCACCUGUAUUUAACGGCGCAGCACCAGCGACAGCCAAUGGGACCGCGCCAGCUGGCUCCGAUACAGUGGCAGCGGGGCGCGCGGUGGCGAUAUACGACACCACGCUCAGGGACGGUUCACAGGUGGGGGACGAGUCGCAGGUAGGGAACGGGUCGCAGGUGGGGGACGAGUUGCAGGUGGGGAACGGGUCACAGGUGGGGGACGAGUCGCAGGUGGGGAACGGGUCGCAGAUGGUGGGAAUCACCCUCUCAGUGGCGGACAAGUUGCGUAUAGCGGAGCUCUUAGAGGAUCUCGGGGUUGACUAUAUCGAAGCAGGCUGGCCAGGAUCCAAUCCCAAGGACGCUGAGUUCUUCCAGCGGUGGAAAGCCCGGGAGGCAGCAAGGGAGGGGAUAGACAGGUUGACAGCAGCGGGAGGUGACAGUAACGAGGGGGAGAGGAGGCGGGCAAAGCUGGCGGCGUUUGGAGCGACUCGUUAUAAGAACACGACGUGUGAGAAGGACGCGAACGUGCAGGCGCUGGUGGAGAGUGGAGCGCCCGUGAUCACCCUCGUGGCCAAGGCGUGGGACGCGCAGGUGCUGAAGGUGCUGGAAGCGACAUUGGAGGAGAACCUGGCGAUGAUAGAGGACACGGUGCUGAAGGUGCUGGAGGCGACGCUAGAGGAGAACCUGGCGAUGAUAGAGGACACGGUGCGGUAUUUCACUGCCAUGGGUCGCCACGUGAUGCUGGACGCAGAGCACUUCUAUGACGGCUUCUCCGCCAACCCAGCACUGCUACGACGGCUUCUCCGCCAACCCGUGAGUCUCCUUCCUUCCCACAACCUCAGUUCCCGCCCCUCAGUUCUCUCCCCUCAGUUCCCUCCCCUCAGUUCCCUCCCCUCAGUUCCCUCCCCUAAGUCCUCUUCAACAGCACCCUCCCCUAAUUCCUCACUUGCACCCUUCCCCUUCCCCUUCCCCUUCCCCUUCCACUUGAACGACGGUUUCUCUGCCAACCCGCCCUUCCUCAUAGCCUUCUCACUCCAACCCCCUUGCUCUCUCACCAACCUUGCCCUCUCACCAACCUUGCCCUCUCACCAACCUUGCUCUCUCACCAACCUUGCCCUCUCACCAACCUUGCCCUCUCACCAACCUUGCCCUCUCACCAACCUUGCUCUCUCACCAACCUUGCCCUCUCACCAACCUUGCCCUCUCACCAACCUUGCCCUCUCACCAACCUUGCUCUCUCACCAACCUUGCCCUCUCACCAACCUUGCCCUCUCACCAACCUUGCUCACAUACCCCCCUUCCAGCGAGUACGCCAUGCACUGUGUGCGGGCGGCAGCCAGGGCGGGCGCCAAGGAGAUAGUGCUGUGUGACACUAAUGGGGGCUCCAUGCCAUGGCGCGUGCAUCAUGUGAUGUAUCCCUCCUAUGACCAUGUCAUGUAUCCCUCCUAUGACCCUGUCAUGUAUCCCUCCUAUGACCAUGUCAUGUAUCCCUCCUAUGACCAUGUCAUGUAUCUUUCCUAUGACCAUGUCAUGUAUCCCUCCUAUGACCAUGUCAUGUAUCCCUCCUAUGACCCUGUCAUGUAUCCCUCCUAUGACCCUGUCAUGUAUCCCUCCUAUGACCCUGUCAUGUAUCCCUCCUAUGACCCUGUCAUCUAUCCCUCCUAUGACCAUGUCAUGUAUCCCUCCUAUGACCAUGUCAUGUAUCCCUCCUAUGACCAUGUCAUGUAUCCCUCCUAUGACCCUGUCAUGUAUCCCUCCUAUGACCAUGUCAUGUAUCCCUCCUAUGACCAUGUCAUGUAUCCCUCCUAUGACCAUGUCAUAUAUCCCUCCUAUGACCCCGAGGUCACCCGUUUAGUGGUGGAGGAGCUAGCAAGAGGCGCAGCGGAGGGCGUGUGGGGGAGGGAUGUGGGAGUGGGAGUGCACUGCCACAACGACUGUGGCAUGGCCGUGGCCAACAGUGUUGAGGCCGUGCGGGCGGGAGCGAGAGUGGUGCAGGGGUGUAUCAAUGGGUACGGGGAGCGCACUGGCAACGCUGACAUUGUCACAGCCAUCGGGAUUCUCCAGGUGAAGCUGGGCUGCGACUGCCUGCCUCGGGAUUCGCUCGCCAGGCUGGCGGAGAUCUCCGGGGAGAUUGCGCGGGUGGCAGGCCAGCCGCCCAACCCCGCGCAGCCAUUUGUGGGAGCCAACGCGUUUGCGCACAAGGGGGGCAUUCACGUGGCUGCUCUCAGGAAGAUGCCUGAGGGCUACAGCCACUCCAACCCCUCCCUCGUGGGCAAUGGCAUGUGCUCAGCCAUGCCUGAGAGCUACAACCACUGCGACCCAUCCGUAGUGGGCAACGCCAUGCGGUCAGUGGUCUCCGACUUAUCUGGCCGCGGCAACAUUCUCGACAAGGCGGAGCGGGCAGGGCUGGACCUGGGCAGGGAGGAGGCGGGGCGGGUGUUGGCGCGCAUCAAGCAGAUGGAGGCGCGCGGGUUCGCCUUUGAGAACGCCGCUGCUUCCGUGGACAUGCUGAUUGUGCGGCGAGGGGCACGCUACCAGAUCCCCUUCCACGUGUUGGAGUUCUCAGUCAUCUCCACCAACCAUCUGGGCGUGCCACAGCCCGUCAAAGGCAGUAGCAGCAGCAGCAGCAGUGGGGAGAGCAGUGAUUCCAGUGACGAGGAGGGAGGGGUGGAGGGGGUGCAGGGGGAGAGGAGGGAGAGGAGGAGGAGGGAGAGGGCGAGUGAGAGGGAGGAGGCGGCGUUGGUGGCGGAGAGUGAGUGGAUGGAGGGCGCCAGCUGUAACAGCCAGGCCAUCGUCAAGGUCCAAGUGGGCGGCAUCAGCCAGAUGAGUGCUGCGGAGGGCAACGGGCCUGUAGACGCCCUCAACCAUGCCCUGCGGGCCUCACUGGAUCCCCACUUCCCGCAGCUGGCGCAGGUGGAGCUGGUGGAUUAUCGUGUUCGCCUGCUGGAGCCCACUGAGAGGCGCAGCGGCACCAUGUCCACCACUCGUGUCACCAUCGACUUCUGUGAUAAGAGCUCCGAGGCCACGUGGACCACGGUGGGAGCGCACUCGUCCAUUGUGGAGGCCAGUUUCCGCGCGCUCAUAGACGGGCUCGAGUUCGGCAUUGUCAAUUGCAACGAGUGUGAGAACCACCCACUGGGAGGUCUCUCAUAUGUGGUAGUCAUGCCUGCCGAGCAAACUCCUCAAUCUCCUGCGGUAGUGCGUAAUGGCCUUUCUGUGCUGGGAGUUAUUCCUCCCCCUUCUAAGACAUACAGCGUGCCCAUCUCGCCGUUGCCACCACCCGCUUCUCCCGUGCGUAGUGUGGGUAUUGUAUACCCGUUCGAGCCGCCGUCGACUCCUGCUGACUGGGAGCCGCACCCGUCAAUUGUUCUCGUGCCAGGCGGUGGUGAAGGGUCGUCUAGACCCUCCGCAGCUUCACCGUCCACUAUCGACGUCACGCUCGUGUCUCAUCUCGUGGACCAGACACGGAUGCGCAUCAAGAACCGGUACUUAAACUUUGAGCCGGAUCAUCACUUCGGGAGUGGAGAGAAGAUGACACUGAGCGACUUCAUUCAGCGUCAUCAGAAGAUGGACAAGCGGGAGGUGAAGGCAGAGGGCGUGGACAGUGACGGCAACCCUGUGGAAUUCAGCUAUAAACUGCACGAGAAUCCCAUCGAAGGGCAGGAGACGGAUGGAGAUGUAACGGCUUGUUUCGAGCUGUCGCUGAAGUUUGUGCGUGCUGUCGACAAGGAGCUGGAGUGGCGGAUGAAAGACCUGGAGGAGCUGGAGGGGUGUAAGCUAUUUCGAUCAGCCUCAUACGUACCUGACGACGCCAAACGUGUGGAAAACUUCAAAAAAUGGCUGGCUCAACUGCACAAGCUCUACAGGAAGAAGCUUCCAGGUAUGCUCGUAGACCUCAUGGUGUGUACCUGUCUGUUUUGA